AAAAACCAUUUGAAAAAAAAACAACAACGCGACUGGUCCUAAAGAAACGCUGUGAAAAUUCGGCAACAAUUUUCUUCGCAGCCACCGCAAAACCCACUCAGAAGCAGCGUUCUAGAGGGAAAAUCACGGGAACAGCGGCGCAAGUGCAGUUUUAUCGCCAUUGAAUCGGGCCAAACGCGUGCAUAUAUACGGGUUCCGUUGGUUCCGUUCCGUUUCGUUUUUUUCUUGCACACACAAUUUACCACUCUACCUUUACGUCUCGUUUCGUGGUGCGUGCGUGUGUGAGUGUGUGCGUGAGUGCGUUCGAGUGUUGUUUUUGUGUCCGUCCAAACUAAACACAGGUAGAAAAUCAUGGGCGAAAUAUGAAUAUGGAAUUAAAUAAAUAUAAAACAAGAGCAGCAGCAGUAAUAACUGAAACAAGCAGCAGCACAUUCGUAUUCCGUUCGUGUUAAUAACUUUGUGCGUCUUUGCUUUGUGGUCGCAUUCAUUUCAUAUAGUAUUAUUUUUCUCUUGGAUUUUUCAACAACCGCAACACCAGCAACAACAACAAGGUGAAGAAGAAGCAGUGGCACAGCAGACAUGGAUGUGCGAGCGAGAGCACAGAACGUCUUCAUAUACUCACCGUGAUCACCGUGAAUGAAUAUUUGUCAUAGUGUGCGAGGCGUGCUCUACUCACACACACACUCGUACGUAAACAACACACACUUGUCGAUGUCGGUGUCUGUGACUGUGACUGUGUGCGGCAUUUAAUAAAUAAUUGUGUGCAAAAUAAAUGUUCGAAAAAAAGUAAAAUACACAAAAUAAACGUUAACGCGAAAAGUGCGAAAAUUCAUCCUCGACUUGCAUCAAUCAGCCCGUGAAACAAGAAAAUAAAGUGCGUGCUUGUGUACAAUUUAUUCAUCCGGAGAUUUGAAGCUGCGAAUUUUGCCAACAUCAACAUUCUUCAUCAUUUUCCAUUGGAUACGGAGCCGACGUUUGUGAUUUCUUCGAUUGCCGCAAAAGGAUGCGGGCUUAGAGGAGGAAUCGAGACUGGAACGUACAGAGGCAGCCAUGUCCCAGCAAGUGUUCUCGGCGCAUCCAGCGCUGGCUGUGGAGCAGCUGCAGCAGGCGGCGGAGCACGACCAGGAGCACAGCACUAGCAGUAAUCAUCACCAGCAGCGAUUCGCCACGCAAAGCAGACGGCACACCAAGGCCACACCCAACAAGUUUACACUGAGUAGGAGUUGUGCCGGCGGAGGAGGAGCCCUGAGCCGAGUCCACCAGCAAAUCACACCUAGUUCAUCCAAUCCCGCCAUCAGUCCGGAGUCCAGGAAACCCCUGCCCGCGCGAACCAACUAUGCAGCGGUGGACGAUGACGAUGACAUCGAGUGCGAGGAUGUGGACGAGGUGAACUUUGGCCACCCGGAGAGGGAGACGACAACAACGGAAAAGGAUGCAGCGAUCCGGCAACAACCAACCAAAGACUGUGGCGCCGACGAGACAGAUCACGUGCAACAGCGCCACAAAAGCACGGCGACGAGCAGGCACCACCAAGACGGAGGCGGUGGCGACCAGAGCGAUCUGAGCAGCGUGAUCAGCUCGCCCUCGGUCAGUACUGUAUCCUCGCCCCUGUCGACGCCAACUAGGCUGCCACAGCCGCUCCAGCAGCAGCAGCAGCAGCUCCAUUGUUGCCAGAAAUCGAGCGGCGGCAUCGGUGGCAUCAGCGGCGGCGGAGAGUCUCGGGCGAGAACAUCUCCGCAACAAUCCCAGCAUCCGCACAGGCAUCACCACCAGCAGCAUCAUCAUCAUCACCACCAUCAUCAUCUCACGGCAGCGGGCUGCGGGGGAGGUGGCUCCGGCUCCGGCACCGGCACCGGCUCUGGUGGAUCUGGAUCUGGAUCGGCAUCCUGCAAGGCCAAGAAGCUCGAUCCGCGACUGAAUCCCUCGCCCUAUCGCCAGCUAUUGCCCAUUGCCCUGUGCCUGCUCUCGUUUGCGACCGUCUUUGCCACGUUAAUUGUUUACAUGGACACGACAGAGAUCCGCCAUCAACAGUUUCGCCUGAAUAUGUCGCGCGACUACGAGCUGUAUGGGGUUGCGCAAGACGACCCAAGACUCAUUGAAUUCCUGCGCCAGAUCCACAUGGGCAAGUACCUGGGCAAGGCGUCGCCCAAGGUCGCUGCGGCGGCGGCAGCAGUGGGUGUGGGUGGGUCGCCGCUAUCCAACUCCCCGAAAGUGGCUGCCGGCAACAGCAGCGGCAGUGGAGCCGAUCAGCUGGCCCACUAUGUGGCCGAUCUGGUUGGCGGGAAGAUGAACGGCGCUGUGAUCCAGUCGCUGAGUGGUCCGCUAGCCCACCUGAUCACGGCGCCCUGGCUGAGCGAGCAUCUCGAUUGGAUGGGCGUGCUGGUGGAGCCGGAGCCUCGCUGGUACUUUACGUUGCGCAAGCAGAACGCCCAGCGAGCGCGCAUGCAGGUGGUGCACGCCUGCGUCUCACCCAACACCUAUCCCAAAGAGAUUACCAUACACAACGAGGAUGUGCGCAUCAAUAGUCUGCACGACGAGGAGACCUCGUGGUUCAAUUCGCGUGUGAAAUGCUUUCCGCUCUACACUAUCAUGCUGGCAUGUGAGCGCACCGAAUACGAUCUGCUCAGUCUGGGCGUGCAGGGGCAUGAGCUGGAGAUCUUGCAGACGUUGCCCUUCGACAAAGUCAAAAUCGAUGUGAUAUCGAUACAUUUGCUCGAGGAUCACGAGGACGUGCACGACUACGUGCUGGACAUCACCCGUUUCCUGGCGGGCAAGUCCUACAAGUUGCAGCGCAAGAUCGGUCGGAACUAUUUCUAUCAGCGGCUCAAUGCCAGUGCCAGUCGCACGCGCAAGAAAGACAUCCUCCUGCUGAAGACGCCGUAGGCUCCACAUCCACAACGAACGAUCGAAGGAUCAACAGCACGACAACGUUAACUGUUAGCCACAAAAAAUAAGUAAUAUUCGAUAGAAAGUUACUGAAGAGACCCAUAAUAAAUUUGGCAACGAGAGAGAUAGAGAGAGAGAGACACUAGCAGAUGCUCUCACAAACUGAACUCUAUGUUAUAAUGAUAAUUAUUACCAUACAUACGCUACACACUAACGAUAUCGUUUAUAUAUAUAUAUAUAUAAAUAUACUGUGUACCGAUUACGAUAUAUAUAUUGUACGAGUAGAUUCAUAGUUUUUGUAAAACUCAAAUCUCUUCUUUUCCCCACUAUACCUUCUUCAUGUUAUUAUUUCCAUUUAUUUUUGUCCAAAAUUGUUUUUUGUGCGUUUAGAAGCAUAAUUAUUGUGUUGAAUACAAACACAGAUUACUAUUAAUAAAUAUAUGCAUAUAUAUAUAUCGUAUUAUGAUUUGCUAUAAGCUAUGCUAAUUGAAUGUUAGUCCAUAAGAGAGCGCCCCCCUUUCGAUGUAUAAAUUAAAUUGCAACCGGCGCGGCGAACGAGAAAUAAUUGUAACUUCUCUGCUAUUAGGCUUAGGUCAGCUAUCCAUCUCCUACAACUAUCCUAUCCAACUAUCUAUAUAUCUAUGCAAGUUUAUGUUACAUCGAAUGCUUUAUCUAGUAUCCCUUAAGUAAGCAAAGGCCUAACGUAAAUUAUUGUUUAAACUGGCGCCGAACGCAACACUCUAAAUACGAAGCAUAUUUAAAUUAUAUUAAAUUAUUGAACCAAACCAAGCACAUCCAUACACACACACACAUACAAUCAUUGUACACACACUAGCGCAAGCGAAUAAAUAUAUAGAAAACUCAUUUGCAAAAUCUGCUUUCAAACUCAUCUCAUAUUCAUAGUUACGACAUAAGCGAAUAAAUUAAACAAUGAACAACCAGAAGCAACAGUUAAAUCGAAGGAAUCAAAACUAGUGAGAAGUCAGAAGGAGAAGCAACUAAAAGAUAAAGCAAGAGAUUGAAGAAAUUCCCAAAAAUACACCCCCACACACAUACACUCAUGCACAUUUUAUAUGUACUAGUGAAUAAACAAAUUAAUAAAUAAAUGUAGCGCAACGAAUAACUAAAUGUAAAACCAAUCGUAUUUCAAUUACAUUUUAGUAAUUAUUAUGAUGUAUUAUUAUUUUUAUGUGCACACACAAACACACACACAUCGGUGACAGUUGUUGUUGCGAACUCGUCACACCUCGCCCCUCCUCCAUAAACACACAUAGAUCCUUUUGCAGAAAGCCACAGAUAUAUAUUGAUAUUGACUUGAGAGCCGCGUAGAGAAUCAGUGCCUUCGACUUAGACUUGAAUUGUAAACCAAAAGCUAAGCAUUACGAAUCAUACGAAAUUAUUGUAAAUAGAGAACCUUGAGCAGCAACCGUCACUAAACCGAACAUACAUUUAUUGUUACCACUUUGCCGUCUGUUAAACUUGCCUUACCGAUGAUGAUGAUGUUGACAAUUGACAGGAGGUCCUUACUCAUACUCAAAUCCGUCACAAACUACACAGAACUACAGAAACUCUAACCAACACAUCACCCUAGUGGAUAAGCUACAGUGCUAAUGUCUGUUUUUUUAAGCAUAAUUCUAAUUACCUAGCUUGUAUCUUGUGUAAAUUAGCGUUUAACCAAAUUUUAAGUAGGCUAUUUUGAUAAACUCCCUGAUUUGGCCACACACUCAUACACAUCCCACAUUGCAUCACGCCCCCACAUACACACACUAAGCACACAAGCAAAAGGCUAACUCAUGCUAAGCUCGAAAUCGGACUAGAAAUUGUAUUUACAGCGAGCGUAAAAUAAGAGAACGAAAAUUUAUAGUUAAUAAACAAAAAAUAAAGAAUCAAAAACAGAUAUUGAAAACUCCUUGACUUUUGUUUGUUCAUUUUCAUACCUUAACAAAGAACUAUAUCUAUGGCGAAAAUCCAAAAUUGUGUUUAUCUUAUGAAAUUAACUUGAAAACUGUUGCAACACACAGUGACACGAGUACAUAUUCUAAACUCUAACUGAGAACAACUUAUGUAUGGAAAUUUUGAAUGCAACUUUGCCUCAACUUAUUAUAGUUAGAUACUCGCUAACAAAUUGAAAAGAUAAAGGCCUGCAACUAUAUUAACGAAUAAUAACUAUGA